AAUCCCGCCGUGUUGUCGGCAGUGUUGUGUUUAUUUUUUAGCUCGAAAGAUCGGUGCAACGGUGACUGCUGACUUGCUAAUUACUUCCAGGCAGAAGUGUAAUUGGGGAAGGCCGCAAUUGGGAAAAGUUGAUCUCUGUUUUCCCUUUUCCCAUCAACCCGAGCGAGUGAAUUCACACCAAAGUGCAAGUGCUCUGUCGCUCUCUUUCUCUCUCUGUUGUGUGCGCGUGUGUUUGUAUGUGUGUUGUGCUGGCAGGAUUAGUGUGAGGCAGCAGUAACUUCUUCCCCCCGUCCAGUGCCGCCUGAGCAUCGGGCCACAUACGCACGCACACACCGUCAUCUACUCCCAGUGACAGCGGUAGCGGAGGAGCGACAGCAGAGGAGGAAACAAGGGCCAUUCGUUGUCUAAAAAAAAUCUUAACACGACGAACGGGUCAUUAUCCUUCCACUUGCAAACGAGCAGGAAGAAGAAACCGUGCACACUUGUCUCUCGUACCCCGCCAGGCUGCUCAUUCCAACCAUCCCCCUUAACUCAUCGUUGUUAAAGAGGAAAGUGAAGUGAUCAUAUAGGGCAGCACCAUACACCCAAUUCCCCUACGGCACCCAGAACGCCCUUCCAGAGUCACCGGAAGCACCACCCCGCGGAUACCGGGAGACGAGUGUUAGAGAUAAGGAGGUAGAACACGCAGAAGAAAGGAGUGCAGGUACGACAGGACGACAAACAGAGAGAGAGAGAGAGAGAGGGGAGAAAACUAGGCCAUUCAUCAUGUUUACGGGUACGCUGCGGUUGAAAGUCUGCGAGGCGAUCGGGCUGCGGCCGACGGACUUUCAGACACGGCACACGAUGACAUUUGGCCGGCUCGGUGAUCAGCUCAUCGAUCCGUACGUGUCGAUAGAUGUCGACGAGAAGUUCAUAGAUCGGUCCACCACAAAGCCACGUACCUUCGAUCCGGUGUGGAACGAGAGCUUCAUACACGAGGUGGAGAACGCGAACGUGCUCGGGAUGACAAUCUUCCACGAAGGGCCGAUCACGGACGUGUUCGUGGCCAACACGACAAUAGCGUUCGAUGAUCUGGUCACCCGCAACGAGUCGGAGCAGCAGGAUUUUUGGGUCGAUCUCGAACCGCAGGGCCGGCUGCACGUGAAGAUCGAUCUCCGAUGGACGCAGGACGCCAACAAUGUAGCCUCGCAGAACUCGUGCCGCCGAGCAGUCGUCAAGGAUCAGCCAUUUUUAAAUCGCCGCCGCGGUGCAAUGAGAAGGCGUGUUCAUCAGGUUAAUGGUCACAAGUUUAUGGCCACAUUCCUGCGCCAACCGACAUUCUGUUCCCACUGUCGCGAAUUCAUAUGGGGAUUAGGCAAACAGGGCUAUCAGUGUCAAGUGUGCACGUGCGUCGUCCACAAGCGGUGCCAUAGUUCGGUCGUAACCAAAUGUCCAAAGAAAAAGGAUGAGCAAACCAAACCGACACCAACGGAGGCAGCCCAGCGGUUCAAUGUAAAUAUGCCACAUAGGUUUUCAGUGCACUCGUUCAAGCGGCUGACGUUCUGUGAUCACUGCGGGUCGCUGCUGUACGGCAUCAUCAGGCAGGGGCUGAAGUGCGAGGUGUGCAGCAUGAACAUCCACCGGCGCUGCGAGGGUAACGUGGCGAACAACUGCGGCAUCAACACCAAGCAGCUGGCGGAGCUGCUGAACGAGAUGGGUAUCACCAUGGAUAAAACACCACCCCGUAGAUCUAAGUACUCUAACCAAACGACUAGUGAUAACCUAUCGAUGUCGGAGCGCUCGGACGAUACGAGCUCGCUGGACACGCUCUCGACCAAGAGCGGUGCGGAGGGCGAGCUGGGUGCCCACGGCGGUGGCGGCGGCGGCGGUGGUGGCCGGGGCGGAGCCGGCCACUCCUCCAAGGCGGGCGGGCCGACCAUGGGCAUGCUGGUGAACCUCGGCACCGACGACGACGGCAAUGCGCGGCCGAUGCCGGGCAAGGUGUUCCUGAACGACUUCAACUUCAUCAAGGUGCUGGGCAAGGGCUCGUUCGGCAAGGUGAUGCUGGCGGAGAAGAAGGGCACGGACGAGGUGUACGCGAUCAAGGUGCUGAAGAAGGACGUGAUCCUGCAGGACGACGACGUGGACUGCACGAUGACGGAGAAACGCAUACUGGCGCUGGCCGCCAAACAUCCGUUCCUGACCGCGCUGCACUCGUGCUUCCAGACGCCCGACCGGCUGUUCUUCGUGAUGGAGUACGUGAACGGGGGCGAUCUGAUGUUCCAGAUCCAGCGGGCCCGCAAGUUCGACGAGCCGCGGGCCGCCUUCUACGCGGCGGAGGUCACGCUCGCGCUGCAGUUCCUGCACCGGAACGGCGUCAUCUAUCGCGAUCUGAAGCUGGACAACAUACUGCUCGACGCGGAGGGCCACUGCAAGCUGGCCGACUUUGGCAUGUGCAAGGAGGGCAUCACCGGGGACAACCUCACGUCGACGUUCUGCGGCACGCCCGACUACAUCGCGCCCGAGAUACUGCAGGAGCUCGAUUACGGCCCGUCGGUCGACUGGUGGGCGCUCGGUGUGCUGAUGUACGAAAUGAUGGCCGGCCAGCCCCCGUUCGAGGCGGACAACGAGGACGACCUGUUCGAGGCGAUCCUGCGCGAUGACGUGCUGUACCCGGUGUGGCUUUCCCGCGAGGCAGUCUCGAUUCUGAAAGGAUUUAUGACCAAAAAUGCGGCCAAGCGGUUAGGCUGCACCGAUGGGGAAAACCAGAUCCGCAGCCAUCCCUUCUUCAAGGAUAUGGACUGGGAGGCGCUGGAGCAGCGCAAAGUUCGACCACCAUUCCGGCCACGAGUGGUACCGAAAGCUUACCCUCCGUUGGAUUCUGUUAGAACAUCAGUAACAGUUUUCGUUUUUUUCUCUCGUCCUUUUUUCACACCCUUACAGCGAAGUGCGCGCGAUGCACUCAACUUCGACACCGAGUUCACCAAGGAGGAUCCCGUGCUGACGCCGGUACCGAACGAUAUCAUCCGGUGCAUCAAUCAGGACGAGUUUGCCGGCUUUUCCUUCACCAAUCCGGAGUUUGGGCCGGAAAGGAAAAUCGUUUGCUAAGGUAGUGGCGGCGCUGGCCCGCUCGUUGGAACGAUCUCUGUCGUAUGUGUUUAUCUUUGGAAAGCGUAUGUGUUGUGUGUGCGCGCGUGCGUGCGUGCGUGUACGGAAACGAGCAAAUGGAAAGCAGUACUGGAAACUACUACUACUACUACUACUACUACUACUACUGUUACUACUACUACACACAGCAUCGCAGAACGCACCACCACCUGGCUCGUCGCAUCCCCCCUUGCAUUGGGCCGCUGCAUGAGGUUUUUGACUGACCGCCCCAGCCAGCACACACGCAUUACACGCACGUCGGUUUGUUUCUGCAGGUCCAUCGAUCCACACCAACGGCAGUGCCUCUCCGUUAGUUGGUUGUUAUCGUGUCGGCAAAAUGGGAGACAAAACGGUUUGCUUUGGAUAUAUGUGGUGAUGUGCACACACACACACACACACACAUAUUCGCACCAUUAGCGCAUCUUCCGUGUAUAGUUAAGAAGAUUUACCUUUCGUUGUUCACGCUGCAGUUCUGGGUUUUUAGGUGCAAAACAACACUGAAACAUCCACCCCGGGAGUUUGGAUGGUGAUGGUGCAUCAUCAGGCACAGGGAAAAUACGUCCAAAAUGAAAGGAACAUAGAGAGCAAGAGCGAGAUAGAGAUAUAGAGAGAGAAAGAUAGAGGAAUGGAGAUGCAGAUUCUUGAAAGAAGCAAAACGCGUGUACCUCGGCAGUGGUUACUAUCAUCCGUCGUGUGGAGUGGAGGAUUUAACGUUUAAGAUUGUUAGCGAACCAAGAAUAUGUAAGUGAUGUGUAAGGGUCGGUGGAGUGUUAGCCAGGACAGGUCAGAUAUGAUAUAUCAUUCUAUACGUGUUUUAAAUUAGUAUUAUUAUUAACAUCUUCCCGUUGUGGUUAGGUUGAUGUGUUAGUGAAUUUACGGUGGCAUCGCAUUCGGCAGUGCAAAUGUGAAAUGUGCAAAAGGGGGAAGAGACAGCGCACGAAACGCGGCAGCGGGAGGAACGUUCUAAACGGAACCUUUUCGGGACAUGUGUGUUAUGUGUUGCCACGCGGUCAGACAGCCAUGCUGUGUGUGGAUUCUAAACAGCACAGAGCAUGGUGAAAAUGUUUUACUUCCCUAACCAGCAUUAGCAAGCGUUUCGUUAGCGAUCGAUACCAACAGUUAAGCUUGAUGUUAAUUCUAUCGUUUUGUUUUGUUGUUAUUAUUGUACGAUAAUGCUUAUACAAUCUCUGUCUCUGAGUUUUAUGGUACUGCGACUGCAGCCAGUACACCAGUGCCACUACGUAAUGCAAUCUCAUUGGAAUUGGUACACUACGUGCUAUCGCUAGAGCGAUUGGGCGCAUUAUUGGUAGGUGUUUUUUUGUGUUCCAGUCUAGCAGCAAAUGUAACCGUUUGUUUUGUUGUUAUGUUAGCGCGCAACGUGCUUUUGUUUGCACCAGUUGGUUUUUGUUAGCCCCUAAUUUGUUGUUAACGUUAAUGCACUACGUUUUGGGGUUUUGAAAAUUUCCGCCUGAGAUUCGCAUUUACUCUAUCCUUACAGCAGGGGUUCACACCAGCCGUGUGUGUGCGUAUUAUGAAGCGAUAUUUAGUUUGCUAUGGGUUGGCGGGUGUGUAUAGACGCACCGCUAUUCAAAUGCUAGUCAUUAUUAGCCCGUGCUACGUAAGCAAAAAUCAUCCCCGCAAGUGCUAUAGACAAAAUCCUUAUUUAAACUGCGUUUAUUCCGUAAGUCGUUACUCUGCUAGGGCAUCGUGUUGGUGCGUCAAUCAAUUACUCGUUCUAGAUGGUUUUUAUCGUUACUACUCGUGGUUUUUAUUAGUGUGUAACAUACUGCUACCAAAGAUAACCGGAAGGCGGCUGCCAGCAAGGCAAAACCCAUCGCGUCUCCAUCGCGGUGGUGCCCGAUAAUUGCAACUGUGCUUUAAUUUGUAUCUCGAACGCACGAGGAAACUAAUGUUCCCAAAUCAGAACUUAAACAAAAAUGAAAACUCACUCACAUCACAUGUCCAUGCGCUUGCGGCACUGAGUGGGGUUGUGCGUUCAUUCGAUCGAAGCAAAACAAUAAAGAAAGGAGCCAAUCUCUUAGUUAACGUUAUACUCCUUCAUUUUUUCUGUUGAAACCUGCGGGACGGAGGCGCGUGGUGCGUGGAGGUGGAGGUGGUGUUAGGGAGUGGGGUUUGUGGGUUCGUGCUGGAAUGACCCUUGCCAUAGGUUAGCUAAUUGUUAGUACACUAGAGAAAGGAUAUACGUGUUAUAACUGUGCAAAUCAGGUUGCAAAGUGUUUGCUGUAAAACGUGCAGUAUUCGGUUUUUCUUCUUCUUUUAAACAAACAAAAAACAUAGCACAACUUAUUUAUAGUAAUCUUAAUGUGUAAUGGAUUGAUGUUGACUAGUGAGAGAAUGUUUAUUGUAGACAAGCGCGAGGUGGUGGGAGAACAAGCAGUUGGCGAGCAAAACCAAAGGCUUUGUUGCAUAUAGCUUGGAACGACCCCCACGACCCCGACGGUGUGUAUGUGUGUGUGUGUGGCUAAGGAGACAGGCUGUUUUUACACAGACAGGAUGGUGAUGAUGAGCGCAGGGAUAGAAGGAGAACAAAAACGGAUUCAUUUGCUUUAUCUCAGCGUUAACCUUUCUUCCAAACAAAACAAACCAUAAUGCAAAACUAAACAAACUUGUGGCAUAUCUCUUUUUUUAACUUUAACCCCAAAUGAAAACAAGUGUAACAUACAUUAGUAAGGCGUCAUAUACUUCACACACACACACGCGCGCGCGCAAGCAUAAAUAGCGUAUAGAAUGUCCUUUGCGUUUUGGUUACAAUUGUGUCAAUCAAAUGUGUAAACAAACAAACAACCGCAACAAGAACAAAACAAAAAGAAAACCAAACAAAGUAUGUAGGGAUGGGCUGCUUCGCCCGUGGCACACAAUAGGGCGCAAUAUGUUUGUAUUUAGUUGUUACUAUCGGUUAAACGUGUUUCGUCGUUUCGUGGUACGGUUUUAUUGUGAUUGUCGCAUGUGUGUAGUACAGCGGCGUCAGGGUGUUGGGAGUUGUCGGAAAGUGAGAGAGAGAGAGAGAGAGAGAGAGAGAGAGAGAGAGAAAGAGAAGGAGCGCGCCCAAGCAUAGAUAAAGCGCAUACAAAACAAUACAAACACAAUGUAAUCGUACUAGCUCUCACUGCAGUUGCAAAUAGAAGAGAAGAAGAAGAAGAACUGCGCUUUGAGCUUUGUUAUACGGGUGAGUGAGUGUGUGUGUGCCGGUGGGCGUUAGACAUCGGGACAGAAGAGAGAUGUCCGAACAAGUAAUAGAUCUGUAUGUACUAUAGCAUGUUGGGAAGGAAUCGUUUCUGUCUUGCUUUUUACAGACACACACACAUACAUACAUACACGCACACACUUCCACAUAUUUGUUUUUGUUCAGUCCUUUCUUACUGAUGCAAGUGAUAGCGAGGGGAAAAAAGCCGUACUCAUGAACGCCGGGCGAGCACACACGAGUCAUGAGAAUGAAUCACAAACCAAACCCUCAAGCACUUGAGAUAGGCAAACUGGGCAAAUGUUAUAAGUAAAAUAAAAGAUGCAAAAAAAUCCGUCUGAUAAUAUUAAAAAGAAACACACAUACGAUAGGAGAUUUAUAAAGCAAACAAACCAACACUCACACACACAUAAACUAGGAGCAUCAAUGUAAAGCACCUGAGGACAUCAACAGAUAGGGAGGGCUCGAUGGAGCGCGGGAAAACACUAGAUGGAGCGAGCGUGUAGUGUAUGCUUUACUGGAUAAAAUAGAACAACAUACACUCAGAGCAAAUAGCAUUGUACGGCAUCAUCCGUACGCAGUUGUGCACUGCGUGCUUGAGUCGUGUUGGGUAUUUAGUGAAAUAUUGUAGCAUUUUUUGGCAACAAAAACAAAAUAUAGCUCCCCGCGCGACGGAAAUGCGAACGACACUUAACGCCUUCAUUAUGCUCGUUGUGUUUUUUUGUUUUUUUUUCUCCUUUUUUUCUUAAACAGAGUGAAGUGCUGUACAAAAUAAACCUUCGCUUGAACUCAGCCACACGUUUCGUUAUCGAUUCGGUGAUGAUCAGUAUGGACAAUUGAAGAUUUCACAUGUUAGAUUUCUGUAACAUUGUGUAUCCUUUUCAUUCAAACAGCUCGAUCCCGAAAGGAACGCACCCGCUCUCUCUCUCUCUCACUGCAGUGUAACAAAGGAUUGUAGAAUUAAUGUUGGUGUAUGUGUUUUAAACAAACAAAAAAAAAGAAGAAAAAGAAGGAAAACCACACAUAGCCACUGCUGUAGAUGGCAGUGAAGCUCGGAGGAAACCAUAAACACAGAAUUCAAUUGGCAUUGAGAGAACGUGGCAGAUGGAGAGGGGAUCCGUGUAAGUAAGUUACAUAUUAGGUAGAUUAAAACACUCCAAAAUAUUCCGCAACAAUGCCAUAACUGUCCCGAGACCGAGACCGGUCGGUGUGGCCAAUGCAACCGAGAAAGAAACAAGAGAAACACACACCCACACCCACACACACACACACACACACACACACACACACACACGCACACACACACAACAAUUCUAAAAUCGAAUCGUGUAACUGCUGUAAUGAUCGGAAACAGAAAAUGUAAGAAAACCCACAUUAAAUAGAGAAAGAAACAAAAAAAAAACUGCAAAACACACAACACCUCAAACAAGGCGUUAAACAUUGUGUAAUUGAGCAUAUACCAAAACAAAACGGGGAAAACAAACACAAUGGGGGAAAUUGAAACAACCAUACAACAAUAAAGAAGCAAAAUAUGGAAAGAACAAAACCAAACAACAAUAGUAUAAAGAACAAAUCUAGCAAAACAACUGAACUCGAAGCUUGCUAGGCGGUGAAAACCGAACAAAAUAUGAAAAUAUAGAUGCAAACAACAAAAAAAAAAAACAAACAAUUAAAUGGAUCGUAUUGUAAAAUGGAGGGGGAAAAAAGUUUGUUUCGAUUGUUUACGAAAGAGUGUAAGCUGUAAGCGUUGUGUGAUUGGGAAAGUUGAACAUACACACGCAAGCAUCUAAUGAAAAACCACCAAGCACUGCGAAAAACACACACACA